AUGGCCUCCCGCACCUCGUAUACCGCCGCCAUCAACCCGGCCUUUGCCGGCAACGGCAGAAGCGGCGGACGCGGUGGCCAGUUGCUGCUCUCGUCGUCCAUCUCGUCGCUCUCCACCUCCGUGUCGUCGCGCCAUGGUCAUCCACGCCACCAUCACAGCCAAGCCGGCAACAGCAUGUCCAAGAUCUAUCGCCAGGCCUCCUCGCUCUUCCUGACGCGUCGGCUGCCCGAGGCCCUGUCGACGCUGCUGCCGCUUCUCAUUCCGCGGCCUGUCGAAACGGACGGCACCAAUGACACAAACGGCACAAACGGCUCCGAUGCCCCGUCUGCAGCCGCUGUCGAACCGGCUCCGCUCGCGAGUGCGUCUCGCACCACCCGCGUCAAGGUGUGGAGCCUCUACCUCACCGUCCUCAACGCCAUCCUCGAGCUCGAGCCCGACGAGGGCAAGGAAUCCUUUGGCACCCAGGAAUGGCGCUCUCUCUGCGCAAAGGUGCGCGAUGGCGACAUCUGGGACGAGGUCGUCCGGAACGGCUAUCAUGGCCAGGAAGGUGACGUUGACGCUGAUGUCGUCAUCAAUCUUGCCACGCUUUUGUUGGCACACGCGCCGUCGCAGGCCGUGAACCAGAAGCGGCUCGAGAGCUAUCUGUCCUACUCGCAGAUGCCGAACCUGGACCUGUCAGGCCACUUUGACGUGCCGCCAUCCCCGCGCCACCAGUCGCGCCACCGAUCGGCGACCAAGCCUACGCCCGGCACCGACACGCCCCGGGACCUCAAUGCCCGCGUCAAGAUCCUGGAGCUCUACACCCUGCAUGUGCUCCUCCGCAACGACGAGUGGGACUACGCCCGGGACUUUAUCAGCGCCAGCCCCGUCCUGGACGAGGAGCGCCGGGAGGCCUUUCUGCAGGCCCUGCAGAGCCUGCGCGAGGAGCAGCAGCUGGCCAGCCAGCGCGAGCAGGAGGAGCGUGAGCAGCACCAGCAGCAGCUUGAGGACGCCCGCCGGACCCGGGCUGAAAACGAGGAGCGCGAGCAGCGCCGAAUAGAAGAGGAACGUGCUCGCCGUGAAGACGCCGCCAGCGAACACGGCUCCGUCACCCACCGUCACAAGGCCCCGUCCUAUGCUGGACGGGGCCGGUCCUCCCCAUCAUCACGACCGUCCACAGCAAAUGGGGCCGCGUCCGCAACAGCGGCAACAGAUGCUGCUUCCGCGGCCACGCCAAAGGGCAAAGGCAAGGCCAAUGCCUCCCUGGGAUCACGCACCGCUCUCAUCUUUCACAGCCUCCGGACCCUCGUCGACCAGAUGGGCGCCAGGUUCCAGGCAAGCCCAAUGGCCCUAGUCCGUACCCUUCUGUUCAUUUCUGCGUUGCUCGUCAUGUUGGGGAAGCGAAAUGUUCGGGAGCGUCUGGCUCGUGUCCUGGGCAGCGGGUGGAACAAGGUCAGGGCUACGGCCGGCAUGGGUGUUAAAGUCAGUUACAUCUAG